AAACAGAAAAAAAUUAGUUGCUUUUCAGUCCUCCCAGUUAAAUGUGGUGUGUCGGUAAACAUUUUGUCAAUAAAUGAAAAAAGGAAUACGUUCUAGAAUUCUGUUAAAACACCCAUGAAAAAUGUUGAAAUAAUAUGUUAAUAUUAAAUUUAACGAACCAUCAGUGUUUAAUGUGGUGGAUGUGUGAGAUUUUCUUUCACGAGUAGUGUGUGUGCAAUUUGUUUCUAUGAAAAACAAAUGUAAAAUAUAAAAGUAAUUAAAAAAUACAUUUGUGAGUUUGUGCAUAGCGUCUUGCAUGUUAGGAAAUUGUAAUCCGCAAAAAAAAAGGAGCUGGCAGUGCUAAAGAGCACUUCAGAACUCACCGCACCCAUAGGAAAGAAAUACAAGUUUUCACCAUUAAACCUGGCGCUUGAAGUCGUUUUAAGCAAUUACAAAAACAAAAACCAAACAAAAAUUUCUGUGCGUAACUCCGCUGCAGCCAAAACUGUCUCAUUGCCUUAUUGUUCCAUUAAAAAUAAACAGUCGUGAGAAUGUAAUGUGGUGGGAAAGAAUACUCUACACUUCGAAAUUUGUUUCAUGUCUACAGGACUGCAGCCAGAACGACAGCGGUAAUAUUAAAAAGGAUGUCAGAUGUAAAGUUGCACGUAAAGGAUAACGUUCGGAACUAGCUGGCGCGUGUUAAAUAUAUAUUUGCAAUAUGAGAAGCUUACUACAAAGAUAUACAAAUAUAUUAUUUAUUUAAACAUAUUGAAAUGAACAAAUGAAAUUGUAACUUGUCAAGUGUGUGUCGUAUCAAUUUCGAUUGUGCCGAAAAUUAGUGAUGAAGAAAAAAAAUUUUUUGGGUGUGAAAACGAAAGUGAAAAUUUAGCACAGAAACGAGCUGCAACGAGAACAAUAUCGACGAAUACGAGUAUAAAGGCCAGAAAUACGUGAACGUUGGGGACGACGUGUGUCCUUACUCCUUGGAUCUGUGAUUUUAUGUUAUAUAAAAUUAUAGUGCCAUAAAAAAUUUUAGUGAGAUGUAGUGGAGUGAAGCGGGAGCACGCAAAAAGUAAGAGUGAGAAAAACACAAAAGUGUGAAUUCAAUUUAGAAAACAAAAAUUAUUAAUCAAAAAUCUAAUUUGUAAUAAAUUAGUAAAGUUUAAAUAAAAGUAAAUUAAUUACAACACGUUGGUUGUUUAUGGAAAAAAAAGAGUAUCGUAUUAAUUGCAGUGCAGUUACAAUAUUUUUAUUUCUGGAAGAAAAAAUAUCUAAAAAAGUUUUAUCGAACAAAUAAGUUUUUAGAUAUUUUUUUUCAGUAUUAACGUAUUCGAUAUUCCAAGUUUUGCAAAGAAAUACAAACAGUGGCUUAUUUACACAUAUGUGAACGAGUGUGUUUAGUGUAUGUGACGUCAGAAGUCACGCCAAUACUCCAAUUUACUUUCAUUAAAAAGAGAAAGAACCAAAACACAACAGCAGUAUUGACAACAAAAACUACAGUAAUAACAGCAACAAUACACGAAGAGCAGCACUAACAACUUAGCAAGGAUUUUUUAAUCUGGGCUCCUCUAAGGCACGAAGGCAACAUCAGUUAACAACAGCAACAACUUUAAUAACGCUUUCAACAUGGAGCAACCCAGUAUACUUGUCAGAGUUCUGCACUCGAUACCGCAUGUGAACUACACGUUUCGUCGGGUUAAUGACACUUUCAAUCCUGACAGCGAUGUUUAUCUUGAGGGUUAUAUGGAAACGAUGAUUUCCACAACGGCCUUCUACAGGCUUUUAGUUCUGGCAAGCAAGUCGAAGGACUUGUGCUUAAUUUGAAAAGACAG